GAUGCCCCUCAGCUGCCCCGGCUCCUGAGCUCAUGGAGCCCUCGGCCACCGCAGAGGCCCAGAUGGGGGUCCCCACUGCCAGCAGGGAACCGUCCCCGGUGCCUCCGGACUAUGAAGAUGAGUUUCUUCGCUAUCUGUGGCGUGAUUAUCUGUACCCGAAGCCGUACGAGUGGGUCCUCAUCGCAGCCUACGUGGCUGUGUUCCUCGUGGCCCUGGUGGGCAACACGCUCGUCUGCCUGGCUGUGUGGCGGAACCACCACAUGAGGACAGUCACCAACUACUUCAUCGUCAACCUGUCCCUGGCUGACGUGCUGGUGACAGCCAUCUGCCUGCCAGCCAGCCUGCUAGUGGACAUCACUGAGUCCUGGCUCUUUGGCCAUGCCCUCUGCAAGGUCAUCCCCUACCUACAGGCCGUGUCCGUGUCCGUGGCAGUGCUGACUCUCAGCUUCAUCGCCCUGGACCGCUGGUAUGCCAUCUGCCACCCACUGUUGUUCAAGAGCACAGCCCGGCGUGCCCGUGGCUCCAUCCUGGGCAUCUGGGCUGUGUCGCUGGCUGUCAUGGUGCCCCAGGCUGCUGUCAUGGAAUGCAGCAGUGUCCUGCCUGAGCUAGCCAACCGCACACGGCUCUUCUCUGUCUGCGACGAGCGCUGGGCAGAUGACCUCUACCCCAAGAUCUACCAUAGCUGCUUCUUCAUUGUGACAUACCUUGCCCCGCUUGGCCUCAUGGCAGUGGCCUAUUUCCAGAUCUUCCGUAAGCUCUGGGGCCGCCAGAUCCCCGGCACCACCUCGGCCCUGGUGCGGAACUGGAAGCGGCCCUCAGAGCUGGAGGACCAGGGGCAGGGCCCGAGCACAGAGCCCCAGCCCCGGGCCCGCGCCUUCCUGGCCGAGGUGAAGCAGAUGCGAGCGCGGAGGAAGACGGCCAAGAUGCUGAUGGUGGUGCUGCUGGUCUUCGCCCUCUGCUACCUGCCCAUCAGUGUCCUCAACGUCCUCAAGAGGGUGUUCGGGAUGUUCCGCCAAGCCAGCGACCGAGAAGCCGUCUAUGCCUGCUUCACCUUCUCCCACUGGCUGGUGUACGCCAACAGUGCCGCCAACCCCAUCAUCUACAACUUCCUCAGUGGCAAAUUUCGGGAGCAGUUUAAGGCUGGCUUUUCCUGCUGCCUGCCUGGCCUGGGUCCCUGCGGCUCUCUGAAGGCCCCCAGUCCCGGCUCCUCUGCCUGCCACAAGUCCUUGUCCUUGCAGAGCCGGUGCUCCGUCUCCAAAGUCUCUGAGCACGUGGUACUCACCAGCGUUACCACGGUGCUGCCCUGAGUGAGGGCUGCCUUGGAGGCUCCAGCUCUGGGG